AUGCCCCUUUAUGCUUUCGGCUCCAACGGCUCCGGCCAGCUCGGCCUGGGGCACAAAGAGGACGUUUCCCGCCCAACCAGAUGUCUCUUCAAACCAGACUCUCCAUUGCCAAACGAGGUGGCACAAUCUUCCGACCAAGAGGACCUCGUUCAGCUCGCUGCAGGGGGUAAUCAUACUCUUGCCCUAUUCAAGUCCGGCGCGGUCUAUGCAGCGGGGUCGAAUGGGAACGGGAGGUGUGGUUAUCCUGCCGAAGCUGUGGAAGAGUUGCUUGAGUUUGGCAGGGUUGCUUUCUACGAUGGUGGGCGCCGGGUUGAUCAGUUUGCUGCGGUGGCGGCGACGUGGGAGUCGUCGUGUUUCGUGGAAGCCGGGACUGGCUACGUCUAUGUGGUGGGCGUUGGGCUUAAUGGUGAAUUGGGUCUCGGGGAGAAUGUUACUGAGGCUAGAAGCCCGACACGGAUGCCGAACUUCCCGCCAGGGGGCAGGGAGAUUAUUUGUAUUGCUGGUGCCCUUGCGCAUACAGUGGUCGUUCUAUCGAGCGGAGAGGUGUUUGGGUGGGGAAAGGGGAGAAAAGGCCAGCUUGGAGAGGCGGGCAGGAACAAGAUGCUUUGGUCGCCGCAAAAAAUCGAAGCUCCUUUUACUGCAGUGAAAGUUGCAUGUGGGAAGGAAUUUACCAUACUCGUGGGAAAUGUGGAGGAUGGGGAGCUGGCAGUUUUGGGGACUGAUAGAUGGGGACAACGGUCAAAAGCUCCGGCAAAUUUGAAGGGAUACAAAACGGUUGGAGCUAGUUGGCAUGGUAUUUACAGCCAUGGCUCCAAUGGUUCUCUGACUGCUUGGGGUCGAUCUGAUCGUGGGCAAAUGCCACCAGCCGACUUUCCCAGAAUCACGUCCAUGGGAAUUGGAAGCGAACACGUUGUUGCUGCAGUUGACUGCAAGAGAAUCAUUGCGUUUGGAUGGGGCGAACACGGGAACUGUGGCCCAGAAACUGAUGAGCAGGGGAAUGUUAACGGGAAGUAUGUCGAAAUCCCAUUUGAGGGCGGCGUAACACCGAUAAUUACUGCCGUUGGGGCUGGCUGUGCCACAAGUUUUGUGAUAGCCCGGUAA